AUGUCGAAUGUACCGUUAGUGCGUCGCGCGAUUGUUGGGGCGUCUUUAGCCCAUAACCCACCGAACGAAAAUUCAAAUAACCCCGUACUGCAAACGAUACAAGAAGACCAGUGGACUCCGGCAGCUUUGGAAAGGGCUGGGUCUACCCUGAAAGCUCUCAAUCGGAUGGCCAAAAGACCACCAGUGCACAUUUUGUUUGAAGAUGUUUGCUUUACCGUCAGUUCCAAUAAAGGUAUGUUUUGA